AUGACGUCGAUAGGCACGGGCUACGAUCUCCUCAACUCCAUCUUUUCGCCUGACGGCCGGAACUUCCAGGUCGAAUACGCAGUCAAGGCGGUGGAAAAUGGCGGCACCUCGAUUGGUAUCCGAGCCAAGGACGGCGUUGUGCUGGCAGUUGAGAAGGUCGUCGCAUCCAAGCUUCUAAAACCUGGUGCCAACAAGCGUAUUGCCACCGUCGAUAGCCACGUUGGAGCGGUCUACUCUGGCAUGGUUCCCGAUGGCCGUCACUUCGUCGACCGAGCCCGCGACGAGGCCCAGAGCUGGCGACAGAACUUCAAGACCCCCAUCCCCACAUCCGAUCUCGCCUCCCGCAUGGGCGGCUACCUCCAGGCCUACACCAUGUACGGCUCUGUCCGGCCAUUCGGCAUCACCGCCAUCGUUGGCGGUGUCGACACCUCCGAGGAGACCCCCGUCGAUGGCGAGGUCGGUUCCGGGCCCAAGUGCGGCGCCGGUGGCAAGGUCCCUGGCAAGCACGGCGGUCCCUUCCUGUACAUGAUCGAGCCCAGUGGUCUGUACUGGGGCUACUACGGUGCCGCAACUGGCAAGGGUCGCCAGGCCGCCAAGGCCGAGCUCGAGAAGCUGGACUUGCCCGCGGGCAACAUCACCCUGCAUGAGGCCGUCAAGGAGGCCGCGCGCAUCAUCUAUGUGGCGCAGAAGGACAACAAGGACAAGGACUUUGAGCUGGAGAUGACCUGGAUCAGCACGGUCGACGGUCCCACAAAGGGUCGGCAUAUGGAGGUUCCCAAGGAGCUCCGAGAGGAGGCCGAGAGACUAGCAAAGGCCGAGGACGAGCUAGACGAUGAUGAUGAGGAUGAGAAGAAGGAUGACGAUAAGAUGGAGGAUUAG